UUACAGAGCAAAAAGAAAGACACAUGUAGGGUACUAUUGAAUCAGUUAGAGCAGCAAUUAUAAUAGAAUAAUAAUGUUAGUCAGUGGAGAAGCGAAUCUACUACUUAUUCAUUACUAUUAAUUUCCCAAUUCCAACGACACCUGUUAUUGUCACACAAAUUUCCUUUACUACUACUUUUCGACUAUAACUUGAAUCUCGGAGUACAAUGUUUCUUUGCUGAAUACUGCAUAAUUGAAUAUAUUAUAUUUUUGUUUGGAAUUUCGCAGUUUCUAUGGAUUCAUUGCUUGUUGGAUCGAUUCCUAAAUCAUAUUCAAUCACCACCACCAAUAGGAAUCUGUGGCGGAGUAAACAUUGUGCUAGAAAUUACUGUUCAAUUGCAAGUUCUUGUGCACCAAAAGCUUCAAGGCACAAAUGGAAAAUUCAAAAAGAAUAUAAUAUUUUGAGGUCCUGGCAGCCAUGUUUAAAUUAUCACUGUGGAGCCACUGAAGGAGGUUCUACAUAUCAAGGAUGCAAUAGUAAAUUUGUUGUGAAAGCGGCUCCUGAACAAUCGUUUGAAUCUGAACACCAUGCUUUUGAUCCAAAAAACAUUUUGGAUGCUGUCAAAAGUUCCCUGAACGCUUUCUACAGGUUUUCCAGGCCACACACGGUUAUUGGCACAGCUUUAAGCAUAAUUUCUGUGUCUCUCCUUGCAGUGGAGAAAUUAUCAGAUAUAUCUCCACUAUUUUUUACAGGUGUGUUGGAGGCUGUAGUAGCUGCCCUGUUUAUGAAUAUUUAUAUCGUGGGCUUGAAUCAAUUGUCUGAUGUUGAAAUAGACAAGAUAAACAAACCAUAUCUUCCAUUGGCAUCCGGAGAAUAUUCCCUUGCAACUGGUGCCAUUAUUGUUGCGUCUUCUUCAAUUCUGAGUUUUUGGCUUGCCUGGAUUGUAGGUUCAUGGCCAUUGUUUUGGGCUCUUUUCAUCAGUUUUGUGCUAGGGACGGCUUAUUCAAUUAAUGUGCCGCUGUUGAGAUGGAAGAGAUUUGCAGUGCUUGCUGCAGUGUGCAUUCUUUCUGUUCGUGCAGUUAUAGUUCAACUUGCAUUUUUCCUUCACAUGCAGACUUUCGUGUACAAGAGGCCAGUUGUCUUUUCAAGACCACUGAUCUUUGCAACUGCAUUCAUGAGCUUCUUCUCUGUAGUUAUAGCAUUGUUCAAGGAUAUACCCGACAUUGAAGGAGAUAAAAUAUUUGGCAUCCAAUCUUUUUCAGUGCGUUUAGGUCAGAAGCGGGUAUUCUGGAUUUGUGUUUCUCUUCUUCAAUUGGCUUAUGGAGUCGCCCUUGUAGUGGGAGCAACAUCUUCUUGCUUAUGGAGUAAAAUUUUCACGGGUCUGGGACAUGCCGUGCUUGCUUCAGUUCUUCACUAUCGUGCCAAAUCUGUAGAUUUGAGAAGCAAAGCUUCCAUAACAUCCUUCUACAUGUUUAUCUGGAAGCUAUUUUAUGCAGAGUACUUCCUCAUACCAUUAGUUAGAUGAGAAUGCUGCAGCGUUGUUGAUUUGAGAACUAUUUUUGAUUAAAAGGUGCUGCUUUUGUCACAUGCCAGCUUUGAGUUUAUAAUUGGUUUUAAGUUUAGAACUGCAAUUGUAAAUGAAGGAAGGAUUAUUUCUUUUAGGAUGGUUUUUUUACUAUCAAUGGUUUCUCCAAUUAGUUUCUUUUACCCAUUGUUUUAAAAAUAAAAAAUUAAAAAUCUUGUUUCAAACAUUCUUUUUACUCUUAUAUAUAUGUUGUUUUUCUUCUUUC